CUCCUGCCAAAACACCGUCAACCCUCAACCCACCCCACAGCCCGCACCAUGUCCGCCGCCCCGCCAGGAUUCGCCCCUCCUGGCUUCCCGGCAGCUCCAAACGGCAGCGAAGGCGACUUCUUCGGCAACCUCAGCCAGGAUGAGAUCGCAAAGAAGGCGAGAAAGUGGAGGCAGAGCCAGAAGAGGAAGUUUGAUGUCAAGAGGAGGCAGGGUGGUGGUGGUGGCAUAGAUUUCGGGAAAGCGGAUCUUCCACCUGAGCACAUCCGAAAGAUCAUCAAAGAUCAUGGAGACAUGUCAAAUAGAAAGUUUAGGAACGACAAGCGAGUGCAUCUGGGAGCACUCAAGUAUGUGCCCCAUGCUGUCAUGAAGCUCUUGGAGAAUAUCCCCAUGCCGUGGGAGCAAGUACGCGAAGUCCCCGUCCUCUACCACAUCUCCGGUGCCAUCACAUUCGUCAAUGAAAUCCCUCGCGUUAUCGAACCCGUCUAUCACGCACAAUGGGCUUCCAUGUGGCUCGCCAUGCGUCGAGAAAAGCGAGAUCGACGGCAUUUCAAGCGAAUGCGAUUCCCGCCCUUUGACGAUGAAGAGCCACCGAUGGAUUACGGAGACAAUGUGCUUGACGUGGAGCCGUUGGAGGCCAUCCAGUUGGAGCUGGACGAGGAAGACGAUGAGGCAAUCAUGGAGUGGUUCUACGACCCCAAGCCGCUUGUCGACUCGCCCCAAGUCAAUGGGUCGAGUUACAAGUACUUCCAGCUCACACUCCCACAAAUGGCCAACUUGUAUCGAAUAGGUCGACAAUUGCUUAGUGACUACUCGGACGACAAUGCGUUUUAUCUCUUUGACCAGAAGAGUUUCUUCACGGCCAAGGCGUUGAACAUUGCCUUGCCCGGUGGUCCCAAAUUCGAACCUCUUUUCCGCGAUAUGGAGGCUUUCGAUGAGGACUGGAACGAGUUUAAUGAUAUCAACAAGAUCAUCAUCCGAAACGUUAUCCGAUCCGAGUACAAAGUCGCCUUCCCCCACCUCUACAACUCCCUCCCCCGCUCCGUUCACAUCGGUGUCUACCACGAACCCAAAAAUGUCUACAUUAAAACCGACGACCCCGAUCUCCCCGCUUUCUACUUUGAUCCCCUGAUCAACCCCAUCUCUCAGCGUGUUGUGCAAGAAGCGCACACGCCGCUUGUCUCUCACGAGGACCAGGUCUUUGGAUUUGGCAACGAUGAGGAUGACUUUGAGCUGCCGGAGGAGCUGGAGCCCUUUUUGGAAAACAAUGAUUUGGAGAAUGAGAACACGGCGGACGCCAUCGCACUGUACUGGGCGCCUUACCCUUACAACUUGCGAAGUGGGCGAAUGAGGAGGGCGCAGGAUGUGCCCUUGGUGAAAAACCUCUAUCUGGAGCACUGCCCAGGAGACCAGCCCGUCAAGAUCAGAGUGUCGUACCAGAAACUCUUAAAGGUCUACGUGCUCAACUCUCUGCACCACAAGCCCCCUAAGGCGAUGGUGAAGCGCAACCUUUUCAGGAGUUUGAAAAACACAAAGUUCUUUCAAACAACCACCCUUGACUGGGUAGAAGCAGGUCUUCAGGUCUGCCGACAGGGUUACAACAUGCUCAAUCUCCUCAUCCAUCGAAAGAACCUCAACUACCUUCAUCUCGAUUAUAAUCUCAACUUGAAGCCUAUCAAGACUCUUACGACUAAAGAGCGAAAGAAGUCUCGAUUCGGUAACGCUUUCCACUUGUGUCGAGAAAUUCUCCGUCUCACCAAGCUCAUUGUCGACGCCCAUGUCCAGUUCCGACUCGGAAACGUCGACGCUUUCCAACUCGCCGAUGGUCUUCAGUACAUGUUUGCGCAUGUCGGUCAACUGACCGGUAUGUACAGAUACAAGUACAAGCUCAUGAAGCAGAUCCGUAUGUGCAAGGACUUGAAACACUUGAUUUACUCGAGGUUCAACACUGGUCCUGUUGGCAAGGGUCCUGGUGUUGGUUUCUGGGCGCCUGGGUGGAGAGUGUGGUUGUUCUUCAUGAGAGGCAUGGUGCCGCUUCUGGAGAGGUGGUUGGGUAAUUUGUUGGCGAGACAGUUUGAAGGACGAAACUCCAAGGGAACGGCCAAGACUGUCACCAAGCAGCGAGUGGAGUCUCACUUUGACUUGGAGCUGCGUGCUGCGGUCAUGCACGACAUCUUGGACAUGAUGCCCGAGAACAUCAAGCAGAACAAGGCCAAGACUAUCCUUCAACAUCUUUCCGAGGCAUGGCGAUGCUGGAAGGCCAACAUUCCUUGGAAGGUGCCCGGUAUGCCCGCGCCAAUCGAAAACAUCAUCCUCCGAUACGUCAAGUCCAAGGCCGAUUGGUACUCUAGUGUCUGUCACUACAACAGAGAGCGAAUCAGGCGAGGCGCUACUGUCGACAAAGCUGUGGUCAGGAAGAACUUGGGUCGUUUGACGAGGUUGUACCUCAAGGCGGAGCAGGAGAGACAGAACGGUUACCUCAAGGAUGGUCCUUACAUUACCUCCGAAGAGGGUACCGCUAUCCUCAUCUCCACUGCGCAUUGGUUCGAGUCUCGCAAGUUCGCUCCUAUUCCCUUCCCUCCUCUUUCGUACAAGCAUGACACCAAACUUUUGGUGCUCGCUUUGGAGAAAUUGAAGGAGGCGUAUAGUGUUCAUGGGCGAUUGAACCAGUCUCAAAGAGAAGAAUUGGCGCUGGUCGAGCAGGCUUAUGACAAUCCACACGAGACUCUGUCUCGUAUCAAGAGGUUGUUGUUGACCCAGCGAGCGUUCAAGGAAGCUGGUAUCGAGUUCUUUGACACUUACGACAAACUCAUUCCUUGCUAUGAUAUCUCCCCCAUCGAAAAGUUGACCGACGCAUACCUUGAUCAAUUCCUCUGGUACGAGGCCGAUAAGCGACACCUCUUCCCCAACUGGAUCAAGCCUUCCGACUCUGAACCCCCACCCCUGCUUGUCUACAAGUGGUGUCAGGGUAUCAACAACCUGACUGAUAUCUGGGAGACGAGCGAGGGCGAGUCUGUGGUGAUGAUGGAGACGGUCUUGUCCAGGGUGUAUGAGAAGGUUGACCUGACAUUGUUGAGUCGACUCUUGAGGUUGAUUAUGGACCAUAACUUGGCCGACUACAUCACGUCAAAGAACAAUAUUGCUCUCACCUUCAAGGACAUGACUCAUAUCAACACUUACGGUAUGAUUCGAGGUCUUCAGUUCUCCUCGUUCGUGUUCCAAUACUAUGGUCUUGUUCUUGACCUCCUUAUUCUUGGUCUCGAGCGUGCGAGCGCUAUCGCUGGUCCCCCCAACGCCCCCAACGGCUUCUUGCAGUUCAAGAGCCAGGAGCAGGAGGGCAAGCAUCCCAUCCGAUUCUACUCUCGAUACGUCGACCGCAUUCACAUUCUGUUCCGCUUUACUGCCGAGGAGUCGCGAGAUCUCAUCCAGAGAUACCUCAGUGUGCAGCCCGAUCCCAACAACGAGAACGUAAUUGGUUACAACAACAAGCGAUGCUGGCCGAGAGACUGCCGAAUGAGGCUCAUCAAACACGAUGUCAACCUGGGUCGUGCAGUCUUCUGGAACGUCAAGAACUCCUUGCCUCGAUCUAUCACCACCAUCGAGUGGGAAGACUCAUUCGUGUCUGUCUACUCCAAAGACAACCCUCAGCUCUUGUUCUCUAUGUGCGGGUUUGAAACCCGAAUCCUUCCUCGAUGCCGUACUCAGAGUGGCGAGCAGUACUCGUUGAAGGACGGUGUCUGGAACUUGACCCAAGAGGCUACCAAAGAGCGUACCGCUCAGGCUUAUCUGCGUGUAUCCGACCAGGGCAUCCAGGACUUCAACAACCGUAUCCGACAGAUCCUCAUGAGCUCUGGCAGUGCCACGUUUGCCAAGAUCAUCAACAAGUGGAACACUUGUCUGAUCGGUCUUAUGACCUACUACCGAGAGGCUGUGGUUCACACGAACGAGUUGCUUGAUUCUCUCGUCAAGGCUGAGAACAAAGUGCAGACUCGAGUCAAGAUCGGUCUCAAUUCCAAGAUGCCUUCCCGUUUCCCUCCUUGUGUUUUCUACUCGCCCAAGGAGCUGGGUGGUCUUGGUAUGCUGUCCAUGGGUUUCGUCCUCAUCCCUCAAUCCGACUUGAGGUGGUCUAAGCAGACUGACAGCGGCGGGAUCACCCACUUCCGAUCUGGUAUGACGCAUGAGGAGGAUCAAUUGAUUCCCAACUUGUACCGGUACUUGCAACCAUGGGAGGCCGAGUUCUUGGAUUCUGCCCGUGUCUGGUCAGAGUACGCGAUGAAGAGGAAGGAAGCUACUGCUUCAAACCGACGAUUGACACUUGAAGAUCUGGAGGACAGUUGGGAUCGAGGUAUUCCCCGAAUCAACACCUUGUUCCAGAAAGAUCGACACACGCUCGCGUAUGACAAGGGAUGGCGUGUUCGACAAUUCUUCUCUCAGUACUUCCGUCUCCGAAACCAGCCGUUCAUCUGGACCAACCAGAGGCACGACGGUAAACUCUGGCAGCUCAACAACUACCGAGUCGAUGUCAUCUCUGCUUUAGGUGGUGUAGAAGGCAUCCUCGAGCACUCUUUGUUCAAGGGUACCGCUUUCCCCACUUGGGAGGGUUUGUUCUGGGAGAAAGCCAGUGGAUUUGAAGAAUCGAUGAAGAACAAGCGAUUGACCAACGCCCAGCGAUCCGGUCUCUCUCAGAUUCCUAAUCGACGCUUCACCAUGUGGUGGUCACCCACCAUCAACCGAGCCAACGUGUAUGUUGGUUUCCAAGUGCAACUCGAUCUUACUGGUGUCUUCAUGCACGGUAAGAUCCCGACGCUGAAGAUCUCCUUGAUCCAGAUCUUCCGAGCCCAUUUGUGGCAGAAGAUCCACGAGUCCGUCGUCAUGGACUUAUGUCAGGUCUUUGAUCAAGAGAUGGAGGCUCUCCAGAUUGAGACGGUCCAGAAGGAGACUAUCCACCCCCGAAAGUCCUACAAGAUGAACUCUUCGGCUUCGGAUAUCCUGCUCUUCUCUUCCUACAAGUGGCAAAUCUCUCGACCGUCGCUCUUGACCGACAACCGCGAUGUAAUGGAAGGUACGACCUCCAACAAGUUCUGGCUCGAUGUACAGCUCCGAUGGGGUGACUUUGACUCUCACGACAUUGAGCGUUAUUCCCGUGCCAAGUACCUCGAUUACUCCUCAGACAGCCAGUCUAUCUACCCAUCUCCCACUGGUAAUCUCAUCGCUAUCGAUCUGGCUUACAACCUGUAUUCCGCCUACGGUUGUUACUUCCCUGGUCUCAAGCCUCUUCUCCAGCAGGCUAUGGCGAAGGUCAUGAAGGCGAACCCUGCUUUGUACGUUCUCCGUGAGCGAAUCAGGAAGGGUCUUCAGCUCUACUCUUCCGAGCCUACCGAGCCUUAUCUCAACUCCUCCAACUACUCUGAGUUGUUCUCCAACCAGAUCAUUUGGUUCGUUGACGAUACAAACGUCUACCGAGUCACUGUACACAAGACAUUUGAGGGUAAUUUGACGACCAAGCCUAUCAACGGUGCUAUCUUCAUCUUCAAUCCUCGUACGGGUCAGCUCUUCUUGAAGAUCAUUCACACCUCCGUCUGGGCCGGUCAGAAGCGUCUUGGUCAGUUGGCGAAGUGGAAGACUGCAGAAGAAGUUGCCGCAUUGGUGCGAUCUCUGCCGGUCGAAGAGCAGCCCAAGCAGAUCAUUGUCACCCGAAAGGGUAUGCUGGAUCCCUUGGAGGUUCACUUGCUUGAUUUCCCCAACAUUGUCAUCAAGGGCUCCGAGCUCCAAUUGCCCUUCCAGGCAACACUCAAGAUGGAGAAGUUUGGUGACCUCAUCUUGCGUGCAACUCAACCCCAAAUGGUGUUAUUCAACCUCUACGAUGACUGGCUCAAAUCCAUCUCCAGUUACACGGCCUUCUCCCGUUUGAUCCUCAUCCUUCGUGCUUUGCACGUCAACAACGAGAAGUCAAAGAUCAUUUUGAGGCCCGACAAGAACACAAUCACCGAGUCAUACCACAUCUGGCCUACCCUCAGCGAUGAUGAGUGGAUGAAGGUCGAAGUGGCUCUCAAAGACCUCAUUUUGGCCGAUUUCGGUAAGAGAAACAGCGUUAAUGUCGCUUCUCUUACCGCAAGUGAAAUCCGUGAUGUCAUCUUGGGUAUGGAGAUUGCCGCUCCCUCUGUCCAGCGACAGCAGAUGGCUGAGAUCGAGAAGAACACGGAGGCUCAGGCUCAGGUCACUGCUUUGCAAACCAAGACCACCAAUAUCCACGGUGACGAAAUCGUGGUCUCGACCACUACUCAGUACGAGCAGGCGACAUUCGCUAGCAAAUCCGACUGGCGUGUGCGAGCUAUCAGUGCCACCAACUUGCCUCUUCGUGUCAACCACAUUUUCGUUGGUAAUGAUGAUGUCAAGGACGACGCUGGCAGCUUUACAUACGUCAUCCCAAAGAACGUCCUCAAGACCUUCAUUGUCAACGCCGAUCUCCGUACCCAGGUCGUCGCCUACCUCUAUGGUUCUUCGCCGGCCGAUAACAAGCAGGUCAAGGAAAUCAAGGCCGUCGCCUGGAUCCCUCAAAGAGGUACCAAUAACGGCGUUGAUCUCCCUGCCACCUUGCCCCAUCACGAGUUCCUUCUCAAGGGUCUCGAGCCUCUCGGUUGGAUCAAGACUCAGAGCCAAGAACUCAACCACCUCGCGCCUCAAGAUAUCACGACGCAAGCCAAAAUCAUGUCUGCACACCCUGAAUGGGGACCUCAGUCUAUCUGUGUCACCUGUGCUUUUACUCCUGGUUCCGUCUCGCUGAACGCUUGGGAGCUUACUGUCGGCGGUUUCGAGUGGGGAAGAAAGAACGAGGACGUUACGGGCCAAAACCCGGGCUACAAUCCGUCUAUGGCGAACAGGGUUCAGCUCUUGUUGUCUGACAGAAUUCUGGGUAUGACCAUGGUGCCGGAGGGUGGUAUCUGGAACUAUGGUGUGGGAUUGACCCAGAGUUGGUCGGACAAGCUCCCUUACACUGUGACGUUGGACAAGCCUGAGCCUUUCUGGGCUCCGUGCCACAGACCUAAUGCUUUCCUCAAUUUUGCGGCCAUGGAGGGUGAUGAUGCUGCGGAUGUGGAGAAUAGUUUGGAGUAGUUUGAGAGUUUGGAAAAUUGAGGUGAUCUUGAGUGAGGGUGAUGAGGGUAAAGGAAAUAAGAGCGUCACGACCCAUCGUGGACUGCAAAAUAGUCUUGUUUGUAUUCUAUUAUAUACCAGGUUUAACUUCGAUGUCAUGCACUAUAUAGGAUUGCG